AUGCUCUCGGUGGAGGCGCUGGGUCAAACGUCGCCGCAUCCCCACCCUCUUCCGGCCUCGGCGCCCGAGCCGCGGUAGCUUCUCCCGGUGGAUGCUUCGCCUCUCGGAGCGGAACAUGAAGGUGCUAUUCGUCGCCGCCCUGGUUGUGGGCUCCGUCUUCUUCCUGUUGUUGCCUGGACCGUCCGCGGCCGAUGAGAAGAAGAAGGGGCCCAAAGUCACUGUUAAGGUGUACUUUGACCUGAGAAUUGGAGAUGAAGAUAUAGGCCGGGUGGUCAUCGGUCUCUUUGGAAAGACCGUUCCAAAAACAGUGGAUAAUUUUGUGGCCUUGGCUACAGGAGAGAAAGGAUUUGGCUACAAAGACAGCAAAUUCCAUCGUGUGAUCAAGGACUUCAUGAUCCAGGGUGGAGACUUCACGCGGGGAGAUGGUACUGGAGGUAAGAGCAUUUACGGUGAACGCUUCCCCGAUGAGAACUUCAAGCUUAAACACUAUGGGCCUGGCUGGGUGAGCAUGGCCAAUGCGGGCAAAGACACUAACGGCUCUCAGUUCUUCAUCACGACAGUCAAGACUGCCUGGCUAGAUGGCAAGCAUGUAGUGUUCGGCAAAGUUCUAGAGGGCAUGGAUGUAGUACGGAAGGUGGAAAGCACCAAGACCGAUGGGCGGGACAAGCCUCUGAAGGAUGUGACGAUCGCAGACUGCGGCAAGAUCGAGGUGGAGAAGCCCUUUGCCAUUGCCAAGGAAUAGGGCCCCAGGGACCUCUUCCCUUUGAGCAACUGUCUUUGUGGCCCUGUCGCCCUCCCAGGGGUGAAGAGAGCCCGCCACAGGGCUCCGUGCUGCGCUGGUCCCAGGGCUGGCAUCUGACGGGGCGGGCCCCUCCCCUCCCAUUCCACGGGCCCAGUUUUGUAACAAACUCCUGCCAACAUUGACCAAUAAAAAAUAUGGUGUUUUUUUUUUUCUU